GCCUCGGGUGGUGGAGAGAACCGGGCCGCCUGACUGGCUGGUUUGGGGCUUCGGGGCCAAGAAGGUAGGACUCUUCCUUAGCCGGCAGCGAGUUCCCUCUCUCCAGCUGCCCGCAGUGCUAGCAUGCUCCCCAGGACCCGAGGAACCCCCGCCGGGUCGGCUUAGAGAAGACGCAGCCCUUCAGCUUUGGGCCGCCCCGGGCGCGCCUGUGUCCACACUCCUUUGCCGCUGGAGAACGGCCGGGCUUAGCAGCUGCGAGAAGCAGGCCAGAGCCGCCCGGGGCCUGGGAUCCGGGGACCCGGGGAGGAUGAGCUGGCUCUUCCCGCUGAGCAAGAGCGCUUCCUCCUCGUCCUCGUCCUCCUCCUCCGCGACUGGGUCGCCCGGGGGCCUCACCAGCCUCCAACAGCAGAAGCAGCGCCUGAUCGAGUCCCUCCGGAACUCACACUCCAGUAUAACUGAAAUACAGAAAGAUGUGGAAUAUAGGUUGCCAUUCACCGUAAACAACCUUACUAUUAACAUUAAUAUAUUGCUUCCUCCACAAUUUCCUCAGGAAAAACCAGUGAUUAGUGUUUAUCCACCAAUACUGCAUCACUUAAUGGACAAACAAGGAGUAUAUGUUACCUCUCCAUUAGUAAACAAUUUUACAAUGCACUCAGAUCUAGGGAAAAUUAUUCAGAGUCUAUUGGAUGAGUUUUGGAAAAAUCCUCCAGUUUUAGCUCCUUCUUCAACAGCAUUUCCAUACCUGUACAGCAACCCAAGUGGGAUACCCCCUUUUGCUUCUCAGGGUUUUCCAUUUCUUUCUCCAUAUCCUCAUCAAGAAGCGAAUAGGACUAUUACUUCUUUAUCUGUUGCUGACACUGUUUCUUCUUCAACAACAAGUCAUACAACAGCCAAGGCUGCUGCUCCUUCAUUUGGGGUCCUUUCAAGCCUACCAUUACCUGUUCCUACAACGGACACUUCAACACUGAUAAACCAAAAUGGUUUUGGUUACAAGAUGCCAGAUGUCCCUGAUUUGUUUCCAGAGCUUUCAGAACUGAGUGUAUCACAACUUACAGAUAUGAAUGAACAAGAGGAUAUAUUACUAGAACAGUUCCUGACCUUGCCUCAACUAAAACAAAUUAUUACUGAUAAGGAUGAUCUAGUAAAAAGUAUUGAGGAACUAGCAAGAAAAAAUCUCCUUUUGGAGCCCAGCUUGGAAGCCAAAAGGCAAACUGUUUUAGAUAAGUAUGAAUUACUUACACAAAUGAAAUCUGCUUUUGAAAAGAAGAUGCAAAGACAGCAUGAACUUAGUGAGAGCUGUAGUGCAAGUGCCCUACAGGCAAGACUGAAAGUAGCUGCACAUGAAGCUGAGGAAGAAUCUGAUAACAUUGCUGAAGAUUUCUUAGAAGGAAAAACUGAAAUAGAUGAUUUUCUUAGUAGUUUCAUGGAAAAGAGAACAAUAUGCCACUGUAGAAGAGCAAAAGAAGAGAAACUUCAACAGGCAAUAACAAUGCACAGUCAAUUCCAUGCUCCACUAUAGGAAAGUUAUAUUCCAGAAGGGGGCCCAGAAAACAAGCUCUUUUGGCCACCAGAACGAAGUGACCAAUGUACAUCCCUGGACUAACCACUGCAGAAACAAAGACACCAGACACAAGAACUCGGCGCCAAGAGCUGCUAGCACUCUGGUGCAGAAAAGGGAAAGCAAGAAAUUCCCACCUUCAUAGGUCUCUGGGAAAGGUAGACAGUUAGUUAACAGAUGUAUUUUUUUUUUUAACUUUAUUUACUGUUUGAUAGAACAGAGAGAAAAGGGAGAGGGAGAUAGAAAGAUACUGGGGCCGGGUGGUGGUGCACCUGGUUGAUCACACAUGUUACAAUAUGCAAGGACCCAGGUUCGAGUCCCCAGUCCCUACCUGCAGGGGGAAAGCUUUGCGAGUGGUGAAGCAGUAACUGCAGGUAUUGCUCUGUCUCUCUUCCUCUCUAUCCCUAGCUUCCCCUUCAAUUUCUGGCUGUCUCUAUCCAAUAAAUAAAUAAAGGUAAUAAAAAAAAGAUACCUGCAGCACCACUCAUGAAGCUUUCUCCCUGUAGGUGGGGACCAGGGGCUUGAACCUGGGUCCUUAUGCAUGGUAAUACAUGCAUUUAACCUGGUGGGCCACCACCUGGCCCCCAUAAAUGUAUUUUUAACUAGAAAUCUAUUGCUCAAGCUAUAUAUUUUCACAGAAAGAUUGAACUUCUGAGUCUGUUAACUCUUAACUGUAUACUGAGGGUGACUGUUUGAAAUCCACCAGCCUCUAUUCUCUGUAAACACUGAUCUAGGAGUGUGCCAGACCAGAAGCCUCGCCCUCAGAUGAAAACAUCUAGAAGGAGCUGGGCUGUAGUGCAGCGGGUUAAGUGUGUGUGGCGCUAAGUGCAAGGAUCCCGGUUCUAGUCCCUGGCUUCCCACCCGCAGGGGAGUCACAUCACAGGCGGUGAGGCAAGUCGGCAGGUGUCUUAUCUUUCUCUCCCCCUCUCUGUCUUCCCCUUCCUCUCUCCAUUUCUCUGUCCUAUCCAACAAUGACAUCAUUAACAACUACUACUAAACUACUGCUACAACAAUAAAAUAACAAGGGCAACAAAAGGGAAUAAAUAAAAAUAUUAAAAAAAAAAAAAAGAAGAA